GGUUACUGUAGUGCAGUAAACAACUGCUCUACUUCAAGAAAGAGAACACCAGAUUUGUCGUUUUCCUAGUUUUUCACAGAGCAUGAUAGCAGAGUCAUGGCUGACGACAAUGAAAACGAAUGCUUCCUAGCCAUGCUUCAUGGAAUAGCAAAACAGGACUACUAUGGGGAAGAAACUAUCACGGAUGGAAUUAUUAAAGACCAGAUAUAUCCACAAAUCCCAGACGACGAAUUCAGUAGGAUAUUGUUAAAAGCACGUAACAUGUUGAAAAAUAUAGCAUCAGCUGAUAUGGAUUUUGACCAACUGGACGCAUUCCUGGUGUCACAGGCACAGAAGAAGGAAAGAGGAAUCACAGAUAGCCAGGCACAACUCUAUAUGAAAUUUUGGAAGUCUCAUAAGCAAAGGAUACAUGACAGCUUGGUCUCACGUACACGCUGGUCAAAUUCACUAAAGGGGAUGAACUGGAGAAUUGACAUGAAGGUGCAAUCCCGAAGUGGGCAAGAGGUCAACGUACCCACAGCUAUUAUUGAACUACAAGUAGCUAAUGAGCACACCUCCAAGGAGAAUGAGGAAGGUGUACAGUUUGAAUUGGAUGCGACGCAACUGUCAAAUAUUCUUGAACGUCUCAACGAUGCACACAACAGCAUCAGAGCAUUCCAGUCGAAGCAAGAUCAGCCAGCCUGAAAGCAAGUCAGUGAGAACAUUCCCUCUGCUCAUGUGCAGUAGUCUUUCGGGGACAAAAUAUGAAAUCGCAUACGUGAUCACAAGUGACAAGCAUAUGUGAUGCAAGUCUUCGGACGUCUGGCUACGUUCAUUAAGCACGCAGUAGGUGCGGAUAGAAAAGGGUGCCAUGUGAGGUUCUAUUUUGGAAAUCGGCACAUGUGAAAUGUAACGACACUACUAUUCGUUUCUACUACUGACCACACUUGUCACUAUAAAGAUGAUGACGUGUGUGCAUAUUUUAUUAUAGGCACGGCCAUUUUUCGGUGUCUGCAUAUAUUUUACAUAACCAUAUACUAGUCUCGCGCUCCUGUAAUAAUAGUAACAGUUCAAAUUUGCAAAAAAAAACUUCAAAUGAUUUUUCCGUGACAAUCAUUUACGUCUAUUUUAUACAUAAGUUACUAGACUGUUGAAUAACCAAUAAAAAUAGUGUCACUGUAA